GCGGACUCCUUUCUGCGGCGGAGGGAUCCCGGCGGAGGCGGCCGCAGCCGGGGCCGCUGCCUGAGAGUUGUUGUUUCCUCCUCCUCCUCCUCCGCCUCCGCCGCCGUUGCUUGAAUGGUGGAGCCGAGGCUCGGCUCGUGAGCACACACUGACAGCUACAGGGCAGGCGGCGGCACCGUCCCCGCUUCCCCUCGGCGGCGGGGUGUCCCGCCGGCGGCCCCGAAGUGACCCGCAAACAUGUCUCGUGAGAGGAAAGGCCUCUCGGAGCUGCGAUCGGAGCUCUACUUCCUCAUCGCCCGGUUCCUGGAAGAUGGACCCUGUCAGCAGGCGGCUCAGGUGCUGAUCCGCGAAGUGGCCGAGAAGGAGCUGCUGCCCCGGCGCACCGACUGGACUGGGAAGGAGCACCCCAGGACCUACCAGAAUCUGGUGAAGUAUUAUAGACAUCUUGCACCUGAUCACUUGCUGCAAAUCUGUCAUCGACUAGGACCUCUUCUUGAGCAAGAAAUUCCUCAGAGUGUUCCUGGAGUACAAACUUUAUUAGGAGCUGGGAGACAGUCCUUGCUACGUACAAAUAAAAGCUGCAAGCAUGUGGUAUGGAAAGGAUCUGCUCUGGCUGCACUACAUUGUGGAAGGCCACCAGAGUCUCCAGUUAACUAUGGUAGCCCGCCUAGCAUUGCGGAUACUCUGUUUUCAAGGAAGCUGAAUGGGAAAUACAGACUUGAACGACUUGUUCCAACUGCAGUGUAUCAGCAUAUGAAGAUGCAUAAACGAAUUCUUGGACACUUGUCAUCGGUUUACUGUGUAACUUUUGAUCGAACUGGCAGGCGGAUAUUUACUGGUUCUGAUGAUUGUCUUGUGAAAAUCUGGGCCACAGAUGAUGGGAGAUUGCUAGCUACUUUAAGAGGACAUGCUGCUGAAAUCUCAGACAUGGCUGUUAACUAUGAGAAUACUAUGAUAGCAGCUGGAAGUUGUGAUAAAAUGAUCCGAGUCUGGUGUCUUCGAACUUGUGCACCUUUGGCUGUUCUUCAGGGACACAGUGCAUCCAUUACAUCACUACAGUUCUCACCAUUGUGCAGUGGCUCAAAGAGAUACCUGUCUUCUACUGGGGCAGACGGCACUAUUUGCUUUUGGCUUUGGGAUGCUGGAACUCUUAAAAUAAAUCCAAGACCUACAAAAUUUACAGAGCGCCCUCGGCCUGGAGUUCAGAUGAUCUGUUCUUCAUUCAGUGCUGGUGGAAUGUUUUUGGCCACUGGAAGCACUGACCAUAUUAUUAGAGUUUAUUUUUUUGGAUCAGGUCAGCCAGAGAAAAUAUCAGAAUUGGAGUUUCAUACUGACAAAGUUGAUAGUAUCCAGUUUUCCAACACUAGUAGCAGGUUUGUGAGUGGUAGUCGUGAUGGGACAGCACGAAUUUGGCAAUUUAAACGAAGAGAAUGGAAAAGCAUUUUGUUAGAUAUGGCUACUCGUCCAGCAGGCCAAAAUCUACAAGGGAUAGAAGACAAAAUCACAAAAAUGAAAGUAACUAUGGUAGCUUGGGAUCGACAUGACAACACAGUUAUAACUGCAGUUAAUAACAUGACUCUGAAAGUUUGGAAUUCAUACACUGGUCAACUAAUUCAUGUUCUAAUGGGUCAUGAAGAUGAGGUGUUUGUUCUCGAGCCACACCCAUUUGAUCCUAGAGUUCUCUUUUCUGCUGGUCAUGAUGGAAACGUGAUAGUGUGGGAUCUAGCAAGAGGAGUCAAAGUUCGAUCUUAUUUUAACAUGAUUGAAGGCCAAGGACAUGGUGCCGUGUUUGACUGCAAAUGCUCCCCUGAUGGUCAGCACUUUGCAUGUACAGACUCUCAUGGACAUCUUUUAAUUUUUGGUUUUGGGUCCAGUAGCAAGUAUGACAAGAUAGCAGAUCAGAUGUUUUUUCAUAGUGAUUAUCGGCCCCUUAUUCGUGAUGCCAACAAUUUUGUAUUAGAUGAGCAGACUCAGCAGGCACCUCAUCUCAUGCCUCCCCCUUUUCUGGUUGAUGUUGACGGAAAUCCUCAUCCUUCAAGAUACCAGAGAUUAGUUCCAGGUCGUGAAAAUUGUAGGGAGGAGCAGCUCAUCCCUCAAAUGGGAGUCACUUCUUCAGGAUUGAACCAAGUUUUAAGCCAGCAAGCAAACCAGGAUAUCAGUCCUCUAGACAGCAUGAUUCAAAGACUACAGCAGGAACAAGACCUGAGGCGUUCUGGUGAAGCAGGUGUCAGUAAUCCCAGCCGUUUAAACAGAGGCUCUGUAAGUUCUCCCUCCGAAGUGCAUUCGCCACCAAAUGUCGGGUUGAGGCGCAGUGGGCAGAUUGAAGGUGUGCGACAGAUGCACAGCAAUGCCCCGAGAAGUGAAAUCGCCACAGAGCGAGACCUUGUUGCUUGGAGCCGAAGGGUGGUGGUACCUGAGCUCUCAGCUGGUGUAGCUAGUAGACAAGAAGAGUGGAGAACUGCAAAGGGAGAAGAGGAAAUAAAGAGUUACAGGUCAGAAGAGAAAAGGAAACACUUAACUGUUGCAAAAGAAAAUAAAAUUCUUACUGUCUCAAAGAAUCAUGCUCAUGAACAUUUCUUGGAUGUUGGGGAUUCCAAAAAGCAACAAGCAAAUCAACAUAAUUACCGCACAAGAUCUGCACUGGAAGAAAUGCCUAGGCCCUUGGAGGAUGUAGAGAAUGGACUAGUUCUUCAGAUAUACAAAAGUUAUAUUUUUCUACUUACCAAGUCAGGUUUUAGAUAUCCUGCUGUGCUGGGCAUUAUCUUACGAAAUCUGUGCUCCCUGUCUCAGGAAGGUGAAGUGGUUGCUGUCAGUGGCGGGACAUCUGAGGAAGAGGAGCGAGCAUGGCACAGUGAUGGCAGUUCCAGUGACUACUCCAGUGAUUACUCUGAUUGGACAGCAGAUGCUGGAAUUAAUUUGCAGCCACCAAAGAAAGUUCCUAAGCAUAAAACUAAGAAAGCAGAAAGUAGUUCAGAUGAAGAAGAUGAAUCUGAAAAUCAGAAACAAAAACAUAUUAAAAAGGAAAGAAAAAAAGCAAAUGAAGAAAAAGAUGGACCAACAUCACCAAAGAAAAAAAAGCCCAAAGAAAGAAAACAAAAGAGAUUGGCUGUAGGAGAACUAACCGAAAAUGGUCUUACGUUAGAAGAAUGGUUGCCUUCAACGUGGAUUACAGAUACACUUCCCAGAAGGUGUCCAUUUGUACCACAAAUGGGUGAUGAGGUAUAUUAUUUCCGACAAGGACAUGAAGCAUAUGUUGAAAUGGCCCGGAAAAAUAAAAUUUAUAGUAUCAAUCCUAAAAAACAGCCAUGGCAUAAAAUGGAACUAAGGGAACAAGAACUGAUGAAGAUCGUUGGUAUCAAGUAUGAAGUGGGAUUGCCUACUCUUUGCUGCCUUAAGCUUGCUUUUUUAGAUCCUGAUACUGGUAAACUGACCGGUGGAUCAUUUACCAUGAAAUACCAUGAUAUGCCUGACGUUAUAGAUUUCCUAGUCUUGAGACAACAAUUUGAUGACGCAAAAUAUAGGCGGUGGAAUAUAGGUGACCGCUUCAGAUCUGUCAUAGAUGAUGCCUGGUGGUUUGGAACAAUUGAAAGUCAAGAGCCUCUUCAACCUGAGUAUCCUGAUAGUUUGUUUCAGUGUUACAAUGUUUGCUGGGACAAUGGAGAUACAGAAAAGAUGAGUCCUUGGGAUAUGGAACUAAUACCUAAUAAUGCUGUAUUUCCAGAAGAAUUGGGUACCAGUGUUCCUUUGACUGAUGUUGAAUGUAGGUCACUAAUCUAUAAGCCUCUUGAUGGAGAAUGGGGAGCCAAUCCCAGGGAUGAAGAAUGUGAAAGAAUUGUUGGAGGAAUAAAUCAGUUGAUGACUCUAGAUAUUGCUUCAGCAUUUGUGGCCCCUGUGGAUCUGCAAGCUUAUCCCAUGUAUUGCACUGUGGUGGCAUAUCCAACGGAUCUAAGUACAAUUAAACAAAGACUGGAAAACAGGUUUUACAGGCGUGUUUCAUCCCUAAUGUGGGAAGUUCGAUAUAUAGAACAUAAUACACGAACGUUUAAUGAGCCAGGAAGCCCAAUUGUGAAAUCUGCUAAAUUUGUUACCGAUCUUCUUCUGCAUUUUAUAAAGGACCAGACUUGUUAUAACAUAAUUCCACUUUACAACUCAAUGAAGAAGAAAGUUUUGUCCGACUCUGAGGAAGAAGAGAAAGAUGCUGAUGUACCUGGAACUUCUACCCGAAAAAGGAAGGAUCAUCAACCUAGAAGAAGGUUACGCAACAGAGCUCAGUCUUAUGAUAUUCAAGCAUGGAAGAAACAAUGUCAAGAAUUGUUAAAUCUCAUAUUUCAGUGUGAAGAUUCAGAGCCUUUUCGACAGCCAGUAGAUCUUCUUGAAUAUCCAGACUAUAGAGACAUCAUUGACACUCCAAUGGAUUUUGCUACUGUCAGAGAAACUUUAGAGGCUGGGAAUUAUGAGUCACCAAUGGAAUUAUGUAAAGAUGUCAGGCUCAUUUUUAGUAAUUCUAAAGCAUAUACACCAAGCAAAAGAUCAAGGAUUUACAGCAUGAGUUUACGCCUGUCUGCUUUCUUUGAAGAACACAUUAGUUCAGUUUUGUCAGAUUACAAGUCUGCUCUUCGUUUCCAUAAACGAAAUACUAUAACCAAAAGGAGGAAGAAACGAAACAGAAGUAGCUCCCUUUCCAGCAGCGCUGCCUCAAGCCCUGAAAGGAAAAAAAGGAUCUUAAAACCCCAACUGAAAUCAGAAAUAUCUACCUCUCCAUUCUCUGUACCUACACGAUCAGUCCUGCCAAGGCAUAAUGCUGCUCAAAUAAAUGGUAAACCAGAAUCCAAUUCUGUGGUUCGAACCAGGAGCAACCGUGUGGCUGUAGAUCCGGUUAUCACUGAGCAGCCAUCUACAUCAUCAGCCACAAAAGCUUUUAUUUCAAAAACUAAUACAUCUGCCAUGCCAGGAAAAACAAUGCUAGAGAAUUCUGUGAAACAUUCCAAGGUCUUGAGUACGCUUCCAAGCCCUGACCAACCCACAUUUGGCCAUGGUGCGAGGAAUAAUUCUGCAAAAGAAAACAUGGAAAAGGAAAAGCCUGUCAAACGUAAAAUGAAGUCUGCUGUACUGUCAAAAGCAUCCACACUUCCAAAGUCAUCAGCUGUUAUUGAUCAAGGAGAUUGUAAGAACAAUGUUCUUAUAGCAGGAACCAUUCAAGUAAAUGGUCAUGGAGGACAGCCAUCAAAACUUGUAAAGAGAGGGCCUGGGAGGAAGCCUAAGGCAGAAGCUAACACCAGCAGUGGUGAAGUUACACACAAGAAAAGAGGGAGAAAGCCCAAGAAACUUCAGUGUACAACGCAAGAAAACUCUGAGCAAAAUAACAUGCCUCCAAUCAGGGCUGAGGUGGUUCCUUCUUCAACAUGCAACUUUCUUUCUGAAACGAAUGUUGUUAAGGAGGAUUUGUUACAGAAAAAGAGUCGUGGAGGCAGAAAACCCAAAAGGAAGAUGAAAACACAAAACCUAGAUUCAGAACUCAUAGUUCCUACGAAUGUUAAAGUGUUAAGGAGAAGUAACCGGAAAAAAACAGAUGGUCCUGUAGAUGAGGAAGAAGAGUUUGAAGAACUCAAAGGCUCUGAACCUCAUAUGAGAACUAGAAACCAAGGUCGAAGGACAGCUUUCUAUAAUGAGGAUGACUCAGAAGAAGAACAGAGGCAGCUGUUAUUUGAAGACACCUCUUUGACUUUUGGGACUUCUAGUAGAGGACGGGUUCGAAAGUUGACUGAAAAAGCAAAGGCUAAUUUAAUUGGUUGGUAACUUGAAGCAAAAUAUUGUACUUCAGAGUCUAUGAAGCAGGUACAGUUAAGGAGUAAGUAGAACUAAGGUUUCUGCUUCCUGGCUGCUAUGAGGGAUUAGGGAAUGUUACAAUUUGACUUGGGAAAAAAGGAGACAAACAAACAAAUUUAGAAAAUAAUUUACGUCUUUGAAUGAAAAAGAAAAUCUAUAUACAUAUAUAUUUCAAAUGUUUGCUAUUUAUUGCCCUUAGGUAGGUUAUUCAUUUCCACAUUCAUUUCAUUCACUGUUUGAAAUUGAGGACCUGUUAUAAAUUCCUGAUUUAUUUAUGGAAGAGACAGCUCUGCUACACUCUUGAAGCAUAGUAUUCCUAGUGAUAGAAUGUUUCCUGGUAAAUUGAAUUAUUUUUGAUCAAGUAAGAUACAUUUUUACUGAUACAGAAGUCAUGCCCUUAGGAAGAAAGAUGUUACACAGAGUAGCAGUACAUUAAGAAACGUUUCCUCUAAAGCUAACUUUGAAGACCCCACCAUUUGUUAACCUGGAAGUGUUAGUUGUAGGGUGUUCAACUACAGAACAUCUAGAGGAAGCUUUUUGUUUUACUCCAUUUCUGCCAAACUUAAGGAGAAAAUGUAUUGAUGCAAAGGAAACAUAUCCACAUUGGAAAACGUUGACUGUCUAAUUUUUCAGACCUUGAUUCUUGUAUCAGUCACUCUAUCUCUGUUUAUUGUGCCAAAGACUGAGAAUCAGUGCAGUGGAAAGCCUGUUUUUGACUGUCAGGACAGCAUACACUUUUCAAUACUGGAAAAGCUAUAUAUUCUAAAGAGCAAGUGAUUACAGAAUUAUGCUGAGUUGUAUCUUUUUUCUUUCUUUUUUUUCUUUCUUUUUUUUGGUACUAAUAGUAGGAAAAUAAUGCACUGGUGGGUCCUUUGACAGAGAUAUCUUAGAGACAAUGUUUAAGUGGUUAAAGGAUUCAAGGAAAAUACAGGAAAAAAAGUAUGGAAUUUGAUGUUUACUUGAUCUGGAUUAAUGUCAUUUUAAAAUUUCAGACAUAUCCAAUAGGCUAAAAUGACUUACAAAGAACCAUGUCUGUGUGCGUGUGUAUAUUGAUAAAUGGGUGUGAUUGAAUAGAUAUACAAACGCAUACUAUUACCCAGGUAUAAAUUCUUUUUUCAGGAUUUUUUAGAUAGUAGUAGAAUAAAAACAAUUUUAAAAUGUCAUACUUUAUAGUUUAAUUUUAAGGAAAAGAUUGGUUAUUUUCAACUAUUAAAAGUUAAAAAUAGGCCAAAUCACUUUUUAUGCAAUCAUGUUUUAUACAGUGGUCUCAUUGCACAUUGUGUUUUUUCUGCACUUUUUACGGUAUCCUUAUCACGCUGGUAUCUCAAUAUACACUCUAAAGAGAAACGCCCAUUUAAUGAUUGUGCCUUGUAUUCUAUUAUUUUUUUGCAUCAUUAGUAAAAUUAAGUUGUCUAUUGUAAAUGAUAACUAUAUGACUUAGGAGAAUGUAUUACUAUAUGUACUGCUAUGGAAAAGGAAAGCAGUUAUUUAUUUCUUUAUGGUACAUUAGUUAUUUUAUACCUUGAAAACCAACAUAAAUGCCAUUUCUAUUGUUUAAAAUUACUUUUUUUCUUUUAAGUUUUAAGAAUGUAGUAUUUUCUGAGGACUGAUAUGGUACAAAAAUGUAACCAAAAUUUUCAGAUACUACAUUUUUAAAAAGAAAGGAUGGGAAAAAUAUGUAUCAGCAUGAAUGAUCCUGAUGUAGAGAAUAAAGUCCUUAAUUGAACCUUGGCAAAAUAUAUAAUUAGAUUAUAUAAUUAUUUCCUUGUUUCCAAUAAGGACAAAUGUUAACUGUCUUGAAGAAUGAAAAGUGAUGCAUUUGGGCUUUUUAGAUCAUUUAUAACGAAAUUUGUACAGAAACCCUCCAGUGAAACUAAGUGAACCAUUUUCCAGAUCCUGACUGGAUUGCUGUGAUUUUACAGUUAAAAAACUAAUUUCAAAAUUUUUAGGUUUUUGUACAUUUAUUUUUUUCUAACAAAUAUAUUGAACUAUAUAAUUAAAGUUAAGUAGUUAACUCUUCAUAAUGCAGAAAUGGAUGACAUGUUAUAUAGAAAAAUGAGUCAAUUUCACCGUUACUGAAAAUGAUAGUGUGUAUGUUGGAAAUUUUAAGUCAUUAAAGUAACUAGUUGCUUUUGAAGGGAAUCUAUUUGAAAAAAAUGUAAUUUCCUGAUGUUAUCUGCAUUGUAUUAGAAAAAUAGACUAAAAUCCAUUUUUAUAAAAAAAAUGUAGAUGUAAGAUGUGCUCAGUAAAAGGAAGCGCACACAGUCUUAGUGUGGAGGACCUCUUGAAUGGUACACAGAUAGUUCCAACUUCUAAGCAGUGAAAUAAGUAUUUCCAUCUUUCCUACAACAAAGAAAUACAUUAUUUCUGUUUUAAAGAUGCUGUAUAUUUAUGACCAUGUUUGGACAUUUUUUCAGACACUGGUUUCUUAGUAAAGCAGAAUGACUUGCAUCAGAUUAUUUGUAACUGAAACACUUAAGAUAUAUUAAUACCAGAUACAGAUUUUAUAUUUUUAUAAUUUAGCUUCUGUAGAUUGCAAAAGUUGAAUUAAGAAAUUUAAGUCAUCAUGUUUUGGGUUUUACCACUUGGAAAAGUCUCCUUUGAGAUAGUAACAUCAAUGUAUGUACUGUUUAUAGACCAGAAGGAAUUGUUGGCACUUGUCUUAGUUAAGCAAUAAGAAAAAUAUCAAGUUUAUGGAAACUUUCAGAAAUAAAAAUUGGUAUGUGCAUAGAACAUAAAAAAAAUCAAUUUUCAGGCUGAGCUCAGUGGUGCACACUGGUAAUCUCAGCAUUUGAGAGAUGGAGGCAGGAACAUCAGGAGUUCAAAGUUAUCUUUAGCUACAAACCAACUUUUAAGACUAGGGCUACAGCAGCAGCAACAUCCCCAAAAUCAGUUUAUAUACCUAAUUUUGUUCUUUUAUGUUAUUCUGACUUCACAAAACCUGAGUUUAAAAGACUUCUAAAUGUUGUCACAGGGUAGUUUAUUUAGACUCCUUUUAAAUAUAAUCUAUCAGCCUUUGGAAGUAGAUAUGUAGGUUCUUAAAAUAUCCCCCUUCACAGCCUUCUCUAGAGCAAUCUGUCUUCUACAUAUAAGUAUAAACUGAAGAUUAAGGGCCUUAUUGCCAUUGUAUUUACUGCAUUGUAUCACUCCAACUCGAAAGACUGGUGGAUUACAAUAGAACUGUCUUACUAUAGUUAGAAUAACUGUAGAAAAUUUGUUGGGUGAUUAGGCCACGUCAGACAGAAGAGAUUGACUGGAAUCAGUUUCACUUGGAAAUUAAUUAUGUAGGACCCUGAACAGCAAACAUUCCCUUACCAUAGAACUGUUAACAGAAGUGUCCCUUAGCUGUAGCGUUGUAGAUUAACCAGAUACCUUCAUAGGUGUAUUGAAAUAAAAUUUGGGCCCUGUGAGAUGUUAGCAUUUGCAUGGUUAAUUUCAGUAGGCAGUGUUUAAUUUUGACAUUCCGUUUUAUACAUCAUAGCUUUCUAUAAAUUUGUCUCAAAUGUUAAGUUGAAAGGAACUGGUUUUAAGCUUUCUCUCUAAAGAAAACAAACUGAUUUUUAAUAUUUUGUUCACCGGAAGUUCAUUUUGAGUAGGUUGAAAGGACCAAGGUACUUGAGUGAUGAAAGGGCUAUUAUCAAUGUUUAUCCUAUAUGCUGGGAGUGUAGUAUUUUAAAAAUGAGAACAGGGUUGGGGGGGAAUUUCUUGUGUCUAGAAUGCAUUACUCCCUAUUUAUUUAGAAGAUACUGUUAACAAUAGUACCUUGAUUUGGUAAUAAGUUGUCUUAUGUUAAAAUUAAAGUACACCUUUUGUUUCCAUCAAAAAAAAAAAGUGCAGACUUUCCCUAGUUCCCCUGAUUUCUGGAUGACUUGAACUAAAAUUUAUGCAUCUACUAAGAAACUUUUGUUUUUAAUUAUACUUAUCAAAGUGCUCCAAAUGAAAAGUCAUUUUGAACUAUGUACAGUACCCCAGGAAGAGGUCAGAUUGAGUCAGAAGACUGUAAGUACCACUGUGAGCGCUCUGGAGGUGACCCUGCACACAUUACAGUGAGUAGACUAUCUGAGCUAUAAAUAUAUUUUUUAGUUUCAAUAGCUCUCUUUUGAAAAACUUUUAAUGCAGAUAAAAAUAUCAGGAAAUUAAUCUUUUAUGGCACAAACCAAAUACAUAGUAGUAUAUGGAUGAGUUUCUACAUUUAAAGAGCUAAGAAGAUAGGUUCAGGAUUGUAUUAUAGUACAUGCACUUACAAAGCAGAUAGAUGCACACACAUGCUGAUUACUUUCAAGGAUGUGGGUGUUGAUUUAUCACAACAAUAAAUUAAAAAAUAAGAUACAAUGUUACAUUUUAGACCAUAUUGAAACUGCAAGAAGAGACAGAUCUUAAAAAGUUAUUAAGAAAACUACUAAAUCCCGCCAUGGGAUAUUUAGAUGUGUAGGACAUAGCUCAAGUUUUGAAAAGCAACUGACCUAAAGGGUUAAAGUUGUAACUGACACAUUUCAAAUUAAAAUUAUGUUUAUUUUGUACAGAAAGCAAUGUUAAACACAAGCAAAUCUGUUGUAUGUAAUAAGUGACAGAGUUUUGAAAAAUUAUUUAGCUUUAUUGAUGUUUUUGUUUUAUUUCUUCUAGACCUGGAGUAUCAUGUCAUAAACGGCAGUCUUGCACCGCGGUAGCAGGCCCUUUCUUUUUGUACAUAUUGAUUGGACCUUUCUUUACUGUUACGUGGACACUUUCUAUGUUAGUUUUGAUGCAUAAUUCUUGGAAUCCUUUUAUACAAACUAGAAUGUAUGUGUAAGAAUUCCUGUCCCUGCAAUGUAGUAACUAUAAACUUAUUUUUAAAUAAAUAGAAAACUUGUUUUUCUAAGCCAUUUUGUAGAGCCUCAUGAUUUCUUUGCUCUUUUGUUUGUUUUAGUUAGUUCUGGACACCAUAAAGCACUUGGUACAUACUCAGUAGGCAACUUACCAAAGUGAUUGUGAUAUAGAAGCCAUUAUGUAAAUUCUAGUUCAUUAGAGGUUCCAUUGUUCUGUCUAGUUGUGAAAUGUUAAAAUCACUAUCAAAGAUUUCAAACACCUAAUGUGAUUCCAGAGUGACUAAAGGUUAAAAAUAAAGACUCAUUUGCCUUUCUGUGUCUA